AUGGCGGCCCCUACCUCUGGGAGCGUGCCCCUCUCCGCUGCGCAGGUCGAAUCGACCGCCGCCAUGAACCCUACCGCCAGAUCCGCCGCCACCGCCCAGCUCGCUCCCCGCGCCAUGGAGGAAGCGGCCAAGCGCAAGCGGCUGGCCACGCAUGUCCUCGCGUCGUCAUCCGCCGCCAAGCUCGCUCCCCCACCAAGGACCGCGGUGAGGAAGGUCCCCGCCAAGAAGGCCGCGCCGAAGACGCCGAAGAAGGCUGCCGCCAAGAAGCCGCCGCUGAAGAAGAAGGCUUCGAUGGCGGCCUUGAUGACUGCGCCAGCGACACCCACUCCUCCGCCAGCCGACGGCAACGACACGCCAAGGAACAAUUUUUCCCCUCUUUCAACUUGCCGGCGGCGGUGA